AUGUUAUCUCGUCGCUCUCUUACGGCGGCUUUUGCUGCCAUGACUAAACAGCCACUUAUGCAGCAGCGACGUCACGAUCACGACCGCUGGUACGGCCAUGCGUUGGAACUCGACAGCCACAACUACAAGUUUACUGGAGAGCCUCCGAGUUGGAUGCGGCAGCGGGAACGCACAGAGGAGGAAACGGCGUUUGCCAAGUCUGUCUUGCCACAUGUGGACUUUGCGAGCAGUUACGAGUGCCUUUUGUUUGACGCGGACCGUUUGAAUGGUCACCUGAACCGCAAGGAAUUUGGCAACGAGGUGACCUUCCGACUGGAGAAGCAAUCGAACACCGUUGCUCGUGCCCAGCAGAUGCUGAAGGAGAAGAAGAGCAGUUCUGAUGAGCGGCUGGAGAACACAAUGAUUGCCCGCAUCUUUGACGAGGAGCACGUGCAGGCGGAGAUGAAGUAUGUUAAGUGCAUCCGUGCCAACGAGCUGGCGGAGGACAACCGUCUCGAUAUCCUCCCUGGUGGUUCCCCCAACUCCCUACGUGAAAAGACGCGUUGGAAUGUCAACACCGAACUGCACCCCGCCGACCGCGCGGAGAUUGGCGCCCGCCUUACGGCCUGGCUGCCAGAGAAGUAUCACAUUGUGUACUUUGACGACUUCCAGACCGUGGCCGCGAAUGACCCGUCGGCGCGGCGCGAGAUGCUCAACAUUGUGCAAAAUGUUGAGCGGGAGUAUGCUGACGAGGCCAAGUCCUCCGGCUACGAGAAGGACCUGAAGGAGGUGGUAAAUGAACUUCUGGACGACGUGGACCCGUCGCGACACAUCACAUCCGAGGCGAUCAAGGCGUGCACGGAUCUCAACCAGCUGGAGGAGUGGUCACGUGUGGUGCACGAGUACAAUGGCGAUGAUCGCAUUCUUGACAUCUACGCCCGCGCAGCCGAACUCACGAAGAACGCAGACCAUCAGGCUCUUGUGAAGAACAUGAAGGAAUGGCGGAAACUGGCAAACAAAAUUUAG